AUGGUGAAAUGUGUCGGCUUGGUCAGUGAAUUGCUAGCUUUAACCUUCAAAACAACACUGCCUGCCCUUUCUAAAACAUCACCCCUCCUUCCCUACAACACCACUUCAUCUCCUCCGGAAGCAACAACCCCUCGCCUUGCACCUGCCCAUCUUCCCCACACCGUAGGCCCGCUGUUUGAACACCAGCCAUUCAUUGUUACUUGGAAUAUCCCUGAUCUAGUGUGUAAAAGGUAUAACAUCUCACUGGACACCUCAGCCUUUAAAGGAGUGGCCACACCUGCCAAGGUUCCAGGGCAGUUUCUGUCUCUGUUCUACACAGAUCGACUGGGUCUUUAUCCACACAUAGACCUCAAAAGUAGGAAAGAAUUCUACGGCGGGAUCCCUCAGAGAGCUAACCUGAAAGCCAGCUUGGAAAAGGCCAGAGCAGAUAUUAACUACUACAUCCCAUCCAUGACAAACCGAGGCCUGGCUGUGAUAGACUGGGAGGAAUGGCGCCCCCUAUGGGACAGAAAUUGGGGAACCAAAAGAAUCUACCAGACUUUGUCAGUGGCCCAUGUAAUGCAGGCUAAUCUCUCCCUCUCAGUACAGCAGGCCACAGUAAAAGCCAAACAGCAGUUUCAGGAGGCAGCAAGGAAUCUUAUGUCAGGGAUGUUGGCCUUGGGCAGAGCUAUGAGACCCAACUAUCUUUGGGGCUUCUACUUGUUCCCCAACUGCUAUAAUUAUGGCUGGAAGGACCAGCACUACACAGGCCAGUGCUCCAAGGAGGUGAGGAGGCAAAAUGAUGAGCUGCUCUGGCUAUGGGAGUCAAGCACAGCCCUUUACCCCUCUGUUUACUUGCAGACCUCUCUAGCAGACAAUCCAAAAGCCGCUCUGAUGGUGAGAAACCGCGUCCAGGAGGCUUUGAGGGUGUCUGCCCUUCCUGGAUGGAGUGCUACUGCACCCGUGUUCGUUUACAUGCGUCCUGUUUUUGUUGAUGACAACAAACGCUUCCUCAGCCAGGGGGAUCUGAUCAGCACCGUCGGGGAGAGUGUGGCAGUGGGGGCAUCUGGCGCUGUGCUAUGGGGAGCCAGCGGUGACUAUGAUGACCAGCUUUCUUGUGAAGCCCUCUCCUUCUACCUCACCUCCACCCUGAAUCCUUACAUCACCAAUGUCACGACAGCUGCCCAGCUGUGCAGCGACUUCCUGUGCCGAGGAAAUGGCCGCUGUGUCAGAAAAAACUACAAGUCCAGCCAUUACCUCCACCUAAACCCUGAAAGUUUCAGGGUUGUGAAUACUCAGAAACGCUACUUUGUUCUAGGAAGUCCAAGCUUGGCAGACCUGAAGUCUUUAAGCAGGAGAUUUAACUGUCAGUGCUACAAAGGACUGAAAUGCACUCCUAGGACAUACAAAGAGCUUGCCAAGGCCCUGAUGUUCAGUGUUAAGCGAGGGCAGUACCAGAACUCCCCCACUCUGAGAAAAGUUGGAUUAGAUGACACCGAGCAGGCCAGCACCGCUAAAGAUAAAGUUAAUAAGAACUUUAAUGCAGCUGACAAUUAA